AUGUUCGUCGUCCUCUGGACCAGCGCCGACCAGAGCCUCUGCAUUCGCGACCAGAUGCCUGAAAACGCGCACCGCCACUGCCGCCACUGCAGGCCCAGCCCGCGCCGGCCCUCGUGUGCCCUGUGCUGCCCACACUCGUCGCCAGCUGUCGGCUUCGCCGUAUGCUUGACCCCGCCGCCGUCACCGACGGUCACGUACACGACGCUCCCGCCGUCUCCUCGUACGACGGCUCGCCGUUCGCGAUCACCGAGCCCAUGCUCCCUCGGCCAGUCGUGGUCGCCUGAGCGUACCGAGAGCUCCGUCAUUGGCCUUGGCCGCGAGACUGACGUCGUCCCGGUCCACGUUGCCAUUGCGGCCACGGCGUUCUAG